AUGGCAAGCUCACUUUAUCAGACCGUAAAGUUUUACUUGAAGUCAGUUGUUUUCGGUGGCGUCCUUGUAGGGUGUGCUUUGUAUGGAGUGAUUGCAUCGAUCGCAUUGAGACUUGUAGGCAAGGUUGAUUAUGCCCAGUACACAGUGGCCAGAGCAUUCUUUUACUCAUUCAGGUUACUCCUUGGGGUUAACAUAAAGAUUAAGAAUGAACACUAUUUGAAAGACUUGCCUGCAAUUGUUGUUUCAAACCAUCAGUCUGCAUUGGAUAUUCAUAUAUUGGGAAAAAUAUUUCAACCGGGUUAUACUGUAACCAGUAAGAAAUCAUUGGCAUAUGUGCCGUUUUUAGGAUGGUUUAUGGCUCUCAGCGGUACUUUUUUCUUGGAUAGGGCAAGAUCGAGCAAGGCCAAGAAGGUAUUGGAGGGAGCAUUACAAUCAUUGAAACAACAGCAUCGUGCGUUAUUCAUGUUCCCUGAAGGUACUAGAUCCGGAUUGGAGAGUUUGAAUAUGCUACCCUUUAAGAAAGGUGCUUUCCAUUUGGCUAAACAAGCUGGUAUCCCAAUAAUACCAGUAGUUGUCUCGAAUACUUCCACUAUUUUUAAUGCAAAAAGAAAGUUGUUCAAUACUGGAGAGAUUCACAUUGAAGUUUUGCCGCCUGUACCCACAAAUGAUUUGGAAACAAACGAGGAUGUCACCAAAUGCUGUGAAAAGGUAAGAAAUGAUAUGAUCAAAACUUUGCAAAGAGUGGGGUACUCAACUGUCCCUGGCGUCAAACCAGACGAGGAGUUUCAACCACCAGAGGAAGAAGUCGAAACAGACACUGAGGUCGAAGUUAUCAGUGAAGAUACACCAUUAAUUUCAGGAGAUUAG